UUAGUUAAAAAAUAAUAAUAAGACGAAGUUUACAAACUAACCUUAAAUUUCAGUUUUGUAAACUCAUCCUGAAUAGCUUUUUUAUAACAUAUUAUAAACAACAAAAAUGAGUUUAGCUGAAAUUUGUGGAAUGGAAGAUUUCGGAUCCUUUAAGUCCGAAAGAAGUUUAAACUAUGAUAUUAAUAAUUUCUGCGGUAAUUUCUCGAGUAACAUCCAACUAGGAGUCCCACCAUUUCAAAAUCCUGCUACAAGUUUAUCAAACCUAUCAAAAGAUGAUGCAGGUCGUGAUAUUAAAAUUAAUUUUGAUCAUGGUACCACAACUUUGGGUUUUAUGUACCAAGGGGGUGUAGUUUUAGCUGUCGAUUCACGUGCCACCGGAGGACAAUUUAUUGGGUCACAAACAAUGAAGAAAAUUGUAGAAAUUAAUAAUUUCUUGUUAGGCACUUUGGCUGGUGGAGCUGCAGACUGUGUUUACUGGGAUCGUGUCCUUUCUAAACAAUGCAGAAUGUAUGAACUCAGAAACAGGGAACGUAUAUCUGUUGCAGCUGCUUCAAAACUAAUGUCAAACAUGGUAUACAAUUACAAAGGCAUGGGUCUUAGUAUGGGAAUGAUGUUGGCUGGUUGGGACAAGAGGGGACCCCAAUUAUACUAUAUAGAUUCAGAAGGCACUCGUACGCCUGGCAAAGUUUUCAGUGUUGGUUCCGGAUCAAUUUAUGCAUUUGGUGUUUUGGACUCUGGUUAUAGAUGGGACUUGACUGAUGAAGAGGCCUAUGAUUUGGGGCGUAGGUCUAUCUAUCAUGCCACUCAUCGUGAUGCUUAUUCAGGUGGUAUUGUCAGAGUUUAUCAUAUGAAGGAGACUGGAUGGAUCCAUAUUGAUAAUAAUGAUUGUCAAGAUUUGCAUUAUAAAUAUCAAGCAGAAAAAGAAGAUGCAGAGAAUAAAGUUUAAAUUAUAUGAUUUGAAAAUGUAUUAUUAUAAUUCAUAUUUGUAACUUAAGUUUUUUUGGUGUUGUCAUUCUUUUUUAAUAAAAUAUAAUAGAAUGUCCA